CUGUGUUUUAUUCUCUUGUUUUUGAUUCCCCACCCCCAUAUAUUUCCAAAAAAACCCUUGAAACCUUUCUAAAAGAGAAAAAGAGAGCUCAAAUUUAAAUCAUGGUUUUCUCAUCUGUUCCACCCUAUCUUGAUCACCACAAUUGGCAUCAUCAGCUUCAGCAAUCAAACAAUCAUGGAAGUGGAGGUGUCGGCGGUGGUGUUAGUGAAAACCCUAAUCUUCCACCUCCACCGCCGCCUUCACAACCUUGUGGUGGUGGAGGUGGAGGUGGAGAAGGAUUGACCAGACCAGGAUCUAUGGUUGAUCGAGCUAGGUUAGCCAAACUACCCUUGCCAGAGCCAGGUCUAAACUGCCCGCGUUGUGAUUCCACCAACACGAAAUUUUGCUACUUCAACAACUAUAGCCUCACUCAGCCUCGACACUUUUGCAAGACGUGCAGGCGUUACUGGACUAGAGGAGGUGCUUUAAGAAAUGUUCCUGUUGGUGGUGGCUGUAGGAGAAACAAAAGAAGUAGCAAAAGCAGAAGCUCGAAAUCUCCAAGCCAAUCAGGCGCGCCUAAAUCCCUAAGUGUAAGUCCUCCACGAAGUAGCUCAGAGAAUAUGACAAGUAGUCAACUCCAUCAUCCACCUUCACUUCACUUGCCCUUCAUGAGUUCUCUUAGUCAAUAUGGAGGUGCUGGUGGCAAUCUUAGCUCCAGUAUUGGUGGAUUUCAGCCUCCAAGUGAAAUCGGAAAUUUUCAAAUAGGAAGUGGUAGCUCAGGUGUCAUCGAAGCACAAUCAUCUUCAAUGGUUGGAGGAGACAUAAGUUUAAAGAAUUCCAGGAUCGAUACUUCUCAGAUUGAUCCCCCGGUGAAGGUAGAAGACAAUCGAGGCUUAAAUUUAUCAAGGCAGUUUUUGGGUAUGUUGGAAAAUGCCAACCAACAAUCAUGGGCUGGAAAUUCCUGGGCAGAAUUUUCUGGUGUCAGCACGACUACUCCCACUACACAUUUCCUAUGA